AUGAAGUGUGCAGCUUCGAUCGAUCUCGUUCGAUCCAGCAAGAGAUUUUCGUUCCUGAUAAUGGAUCAAGAUACUAGCAGCAAGAAGGUUCAUCAAUUCUUUGUCGCUAUGGAAACGGCCUUUAGGGUUCAUCCCCUUAAGGAUAAGUUUAAUUUCUCCUUGGAGAAACUAUUUAUCAGGACUUUCCCACCUUCUAGUCUAGCUGAGGAUGAGACGUUCCAGCUGAUCGUCGACAGGAUGCAAAUGCGUAGGACCUUCUUUGACUCCUGA